UUCUUUCAACUUCUAUAUUUUCAGGCCUUUAAAUAUAUCUAAAAAAAAAAAUUCCCUCAUUCUACUACACCAAAAUUUGACUGAUGAAACAGGCCAUAGUUUGAUUACAGAAAACAAAUGAUGGAAGUAAGAGAAAUAAUAGAGAAAGAAGUUCCUGAUUGGGAUUCGGAUGUAAUGACCAGCGCACGAUUUAAAGCUUUCAGCGGCCAAAAAUCUGACUGGGAGCCACGCUAUCAUUUCUGGAGAGAUUUAAUUAUCAAAAUCGCUAACCAUCUCGACAUCUUCAUCAUUCGCCCUUCUGUGGUUAAAAAUGUAUGGUUUAAUAAAGGAGGCUUAAUUCCUUUAUGUAUUGAUGAUGUAUUGGUUGAAAUGUAUAAUUGCGGUGAGCUUCUUUCGUGUAGUAGUGAUGUUAUUGAUCCAAAGAGUGGUCAACUCACUCGGUUGUUUCGCAAAGUUAGACAUUUCCUUCCCUUGUCUAAACCCGCAUUCUCAUCCGAAGACGAUUACAUUGUUUCAACUCUCUUAGAGGAGAAAUCUGAUGAAGUUAUUAAAUGUUUGGUGGACGAUCACUGGACUUCAUCAUGCAUUAUCACGAUGAACAAGUUCCAAGUGAUUUGUGGAGGGGCAAAAGAAGCAUCAGUGAUUUUGAGCCACUUGUCAAAACAUGGGAAAGCCAAGUACCUUGCUAUCAGACGGGAGGAUCUUAUAGAGGGUGUGAAAGUCUCGCUUUCUUCCAAGACAGUUUCUGGUAUUACAAGUUCAGAUUGUGAUGUGCUGCAUUUGACUUGGACAGCAGAGAAGCUCCAAGUACAUAUUAAUAUGAUCGAUCAACGUUAUGUCAAGUCCAAAAUGUUAGCUUUGGCUUCUCUAAAAGCUGGGAACAAAGCUAUUGCGUUAAGGCACGCUAGGGAACUGAAGCAGUCCUCUGAAAGUAGAGAAAAAUGUGAUGUUUUUUUAAGGCGAGUAGAGGAAGUCCUCAGAGCCAUAGCUGAUGCUGAAGACUCAAAAGAGGUUUUUGAAGCUAUUAAAACUGGCACAAAGGCAAUGAAGGAUAAGAUAAUCACCAUAGAAGAAGUGCAGCACUGCAUAGAUGAACUUGAUGACACAAUUAGUUCACAAAAGGAAGUAGAUAAAGUCAUAGGGUCGGUUUCAUCUUAUGAAGAAUUUGAUGAAGAUAUCGAAGAUGAAUUGGAUAAACUCAUGGAAGCAGACAAUAAGAUGUCAUCAGCAGAUGGUACCAUAAGGGAACAUGAAAUAUCAGAAACAGCUGAAUCACUGAGUCAAGCCCUCUCAGAUCUUAAGCUAGCAGAUAAUGCAGUCAUGCUGCAUGAGCCUGCAGAAACCCCAAAUGUAUCAAAGGCUCUUGAGCUUGCAUAGUCCUGAUAGUUAUUCCCCGCGUUUGUGUAUGUUAUGUAACCAAGAUUACCAAUUAUACUUGCAAAAAGAAGCGAUCUUGCUGUAAAUAUGUUGGAAAUUCAUGUCUCUAUUCUUGUUUUUGAUGUUCA